AUGAGAGAGGAGUCGUCCCUCAGCGACAUGCCCGAGGGCAGACUGGUGACCAGCGAAGAGGAAUCUGAACGCCAGUCCAACAAAUGCCCGGUCGUCGUGGCAACACCAGCGCCCAUCGGACGCAAGCGGGUAACGGGUUCAAAGAAAGAGAACAGUGGGCCACUACCACAAGAGGACCCAGAGGGCACCGAGGGUCCAUCCAUUUUGGCUCCCUCUGUGCCCAAACGGCUCAAGAAAAGCCCUCCACCUUCAUCAUCGUCCUCCUCAUCCUCCCUUGGCCCUGCCAUGAGCGCUGUUUCACCGAUCUCAGCUUCUGGGCAGUCGUUCGAGGAUCUACACACACAACGCGUUAUCGCUAACGUUCGGGAGCGUCAGCGCACACAGUCUCUGAAUGACGCAUUUGCCUCUUUACGCAAAAUCAUUCCCACUCUGCCCUCCGACAAGCUUAGCAAGAUCCAAAUCCUUAAACUGGCCUCUCGCUACAUUGACUUCCUCUACCAGGUGCUCCAGAGUGAUGAGAUGGACUCCAAGCUGGCCAGCUGUAACUACCUGGCUCAUGAACGUCUCAGCUACGCCUUCUCCGUCUGGAGGAUGGAGGGAGCCUGGUCUAUGUCUGCUACACAUUAG